AUGGAUUUUCUGCACAAGUUCUUGGGCAUCGCAUCACCUCCCUUGAUGCUCAUUGUGUUCUCUAUCACUUUGGCCCCAUUUCUCUUUCUCAAGUUUCUUUAUUUCUUAAAAAGAUCCAAAUACAGUGAAAACGUGGCGGGCAAAGUAAUACUCAUUACUGGAGCAUCUUCUGGAAUUGGUGAGCAUGUUGCCUAUGAGUAUGCUAGGAGACGAGCUUGUUUAGCCCUUAUUGCAAGAAGAGAGGACCGUCUUCAAGAAGUUGCAAAUAGAGCCCGACAACUUGGAUCCCCAGACGUUAUUGUGGUACCUGCAGAUGUUUCCAAGGUUGAAGAUUGCAAGCGUUUUGUUGAUGAGACAAUGAACCAUUUUGGACAAUUAGAUCAUUUGGUGAACAACGCUGGAGUAACACAAAUUGAAUUAUUUGAAGAUUUCAUCCAAAUCUCUGAUAAUGCUUCCAUUAUGGACAUAAAUUUCUGGGGUUCAAUAUAUAGCACCCACAAUGCAGUUCCACACUUGAGAAAAAGAAAGGGAAAGAUUGUUGUACUUGCUUCGACUGCAGGAUGGUUGGCUAUGCCAAGAUUGAGUUUCUACAAUGCAAGCAAGGCAGCCCUGAUAUCCUUUUUUGAGACAUUGAGGGUUGAACUUGGUUCGGAUAUUGGAAUAACAAUUGUGACUCCUGGAUUGAUUGAGUCAGAAAUGUCAGAAGCCACAAAAUUAUCAAAGGCUAAAGCAACCUGGAUCCUAGCUAAGUCAACAGAAGGGUGUGCCAAGGCAAUUGUGGCCAGUGCUUGCAGGGGAGAUAUGUACUUGACUGACCCAUCUUGGAUGAAGGUGCUGUUUUGGAUGAAAAUCAUGUGUCCUGAAGUAUUGGAAUGGUGUUUACACUUGACAUUUGUCAAGAGGCACCAGACUUCAAAAGACUCCUAA